CUCGGCAUACCAGCAGACGCCAAAGCAAGAAAGCACUGUAAAAGAAAGCUAUAAAAUUUUUGGUUUAGUCAGCUUUUCCUUUUCUUUAUUUCUAAGAAUAAACUAAACCAUCCUAUAGUUCUAUGCAACAGAAACUGCCACUGAGGAAUUCCGCGAACAGUGUAAGCGUAACAUACGCAAAUGCAAGAUGUAUCAGAACACAAACCGGUGUGUACCCAGACGCCCAAAAGGACCUCUAUCUACAAUUUUUAAGAUUUUCAGUACUUGCUGCGACGACGUCACAACUGACAGGCUUAAGGAAAACCCUCUCACAUAUCAUUCUUUUUCAUCUUUAUUUUUUUUUUUUUGCCUAGUGGCGUUGUGCUUUACAACACCGUUUUAAGCAGACAUAAAAAAAGCAAUAAAUAGAAGGAGGCAACAACAGGUUAAAUCACUCUUCCAUCGCCUUUUCGCGGUGUUUUCAUUUCUACCCAAAGCUACUGGCGGCGUGCUUGCUUCAAAGGCGUCAUACAAACGGAGAGAGAGAGAGAGAGAGAGAGACAAAAAAAAAGAAAGAAUAAAAAAGACAGCAGGAGAGACAGGGGGCAGUUGCGAGAAGGCAUUGACGAGAGCUUGGGUAGCGAGCGCCUCACCGCGGCGGCGGCCGUAAGCGUGCCGCACUUGCGACGGUAACUCUGGUCCCGAGACCAGAUCGAAGGCCUCAGUCGCCAACGAGCGGCGCUUUACAAAGCAGCGCGCAGCCUGCUUCGCCUCAAGGGGGAGAGCGCGCCGGAGAGGUUGAGAGACUGGGUUGUACUACGCCGCCACGGAGGCAGACUCACGCUGUCGGUCGCUUUCGCCGAAGACGACAACGCUCACUCUAGUGGUCCCAUUGUUUACUUUCGUGCUCAUCGCAUUCGUGCGAAACUUACACGUCUGCUCUUUUUUGUUUGUGUGUGUCGUCUGCUAAGACUUCAAUCUGGAAAAACAGAAACUAUUGUCUGGAUUUCACUCGGCAGUGUCUCUGCUAUCCUGAAGCGCACUCCUCUGCUUGAGCGUGGAUAAGAUCGUCUGCUUCACAGCAAAUUUGACACAGUGGCAGCGUGCAGACAGCUGACUUUGGUUUCCCUUGAGAGGACUUCGUUUUGUGUGACAGAAGAUCUCCCGUUGACGGCUGGAAGAUCUGCAGCUGAUCUUGAAGUGACUGUCUCUUCAGGAAAAAAAAGAAGUGUAUUCUGAGGAGUAUUCAACAAGCAGCAGCUGGAUUCACUGUUCGUCUACACAGUCUGGUUACCUGUAUUUAUUACGGGUUGCGUUAAUUGAAGCCUGAGUGAACGUCGGCGUCUCUGCGUCAUUUUGUUCGCGGAUUGCAGACGACGCAGUGUUUGCCUCUGCCGAGCCAUCGAUUGCAAGCAAUUACAGUUUUCCUGCGUAAGCGAGGCACGGUUUGGCAAGCUUCUCCGGAAGGCCAAUUAGCGACUGGCAGUACGGACACCUCGCUGGAGUGACUUCGUGACUAGAGUUUGUAUGAGAGAUAAAUUGCUUGGAGUACUUAUCCCCGGAGACACGUCCCCUGCUGAUGCGCUCACGUUCUGUACAACUGUCGUAAGAAGUGGCUAGCAUUUUUCUUCCUGUUUUGUUUCCUGUCCAACGACAUCCGCGAGGGAAGUAAGAAAAUCGACGACACAAAAUCAGGUUUGGAGUUUUUACUGCCUGCUCUAACGAUUACAAAAAGUGACCCCUACGAACGGACAGCAAUUGUGCUACUACGUGCUUGGAGUUUCCCCGACGCCUGCUACUUGACGACACGGACAAUCAUUAACAUUGACGUUUGGUGACGAUAACAUUUGUUUUUGCAAACGUGAACAACUAGAUACUGUCCGUAUUUGGAAAAUAAGCACUAUGCGUAAAAUACUAGUGGUCUCUGUCGAAUUUCUUCAAUUGAAAGAAACCGCCCAUCGCUGAAUUUAUGUGGCAUGGUCUGAACAGCUUUCGAAGGAUUUAGUUGCAUCUGAAGUUAUCGAUAAGCAUCGCUGAAAUGUGAAGCGGCCUAAAAAGAUUGCGCGAAGGCUCUCCAAGUUCUACUCGCUGAACCUGUUAACUGCAUUUCUGGGAUUGCAUUUCAUGGCAUUAAAUAGUCCCAAAACUGGAUCGAACUCAUCGCGUUCGAUCACGUUACAAUUCUUCACAGCACAGCAAAGGCGCCGUCAAGUUUGUUGAGAAAAUAACCUUACUCUGUGGCAAAGCAAGGAUUAUAGGGUACCGUCAUUCACGCCCUGGACCACAAGUGACCCCCCAAGUAAACUGCCGCAAGGAAAACCGAGUGGGGCGACUGUAUACGUUACUCACUCUCCUGCACAAAUAGGAAGUGGUUGCGCACGAACUGCAACAGUGCGCUUCUGACGAGCCCGCGAGUCCUCGCAAUUGUCGACCUUCGACAUUCGUAGUGACGCCUCCGGUGCUCCGAGCCACAUGGCGUCCGCCGACCUCCACUCCAGACGACGCAGCUGCGUCGCGUCCCUGACAGGCAAACCGGGCGAAUCUUCAACGACGAGCUCGGCGUCGGCACCGGCGGGCAUCGUCCCCGAAGUCCGGACCACGGGUGUCCUGUUUCACGACAGCAGACGCAGCAGUCUGUCUCGCCCGAAAAACGAAGGUCAUGCCCGGUCCGACGGUUCACCCGCGAAGGCGCCCAGCUGGCGUCUCCAUCUACAACCAUCCAACAGCGGUUCGCCGUCGCACACGUCUUCAAGUGCUGGGUCCACGCCGUGCAAAGUGGCUGAGCCGACGACGUCCACUGCGGGUUCGGGUGGAGAGAGCAAGACUACUACCUCCUCUUGGAUGACAAACAGAGGCCACGCCACUGCGUCGGCUGCGACGGCAGCCCUGAACCUGGUGACAUGUCCGGUUACGCCGGUGCAGAACGGCAAAGCGGAAACGGUCCGGAACUCCCCCAGAGUGAGGCCACGCUUCUCACCUAACCGGAGUUCAACGCCGAACCGGUCGAGCCGGCAUUCCUUCUCGGUAGACUGCGGUGACGUCAUGCCUGGCAUGAGCCCUCACGGGUCGCUGCGCGGUCGGGGUGGCGGAACCGGAAGCGGCUCCUUCCUCAGCGUGACCGGUUCGCACGGCCACACCAGCUCCAGCGCCACCGUCAGCCCCGACGCGUCGGCGACCAACAAGUACCGCUUGGUCGUGCUCGGUGGUCCCCGUGUGGGCAAGUCGGCCAUCGUGCACCGCUUCCUGCACGACAGGUUUCUCCACGACUACAGCGCCACCGUGGAGGAGUUUCACCGCGGGGAGUACGACGUCGGCGGUGGCGCCACCGUCGCGCUCGACAUCCUGGACACGGGCGGGAGCUUCGAGUUUCCCGCCAUGCGGCGCCUCGCUAUCGACUCCGGCGAUGCCUUCCUCCUCGUGUACGCGAUCGACGAACGCGACUCGUUCGAGCUCGUCCGCAAGCUGCGCGACGACGUGCUCGCUGCGCGCAAGGCGCCCCCUAUUGUCGUCGUGGGAAACAAGACGGACCUCGAGUCGCAUCGCCAGGUGCAGUCGCAGAUGGUCGAGCCGAUCGUCUGCAUCGACUGGGAGCACGGGUGGGUCGAGUGCUCCGCGAAGGACAACACCAACAUCGCCAGAGUCUUCCAGGAGCUGCUGGCUCAGGCGCACUUCAAGAGCAAGGUUGCCAAGGCGACGCAGAGUCGGCGAAUGUCGCUUCCCGUGAACAGCUUCAGCCGGGACCAGCUCAGUCCGGUGUUCAGGCCCAAGGGCACGCGGAAGAGGACAAGCUGCGCCGUCUCCUAAGCCAGCGACGGGGAAAGAACCGCCGAUGAAAGGCAGCCAGAUCAUCCUUACCUGUCUCGCAACCCACGUCGGUUCAAUGUUUCCACUGAGAUCAGGGGGAAGGGUAGCAGCAAUGCAUUUCACGUGACCGGAUGACGCGGGAACCUGACGCAGGCAGCUACCCCAGUGUUCCCUGAACCUCACAACCGCUUCUUCUUUCUUUGCCGUCUUCGGGUGCUCGUUUUUCGCGAGCUUGAGCUGCAACGUAGCGUUGCUUGGAGAGCGGAGUCAUCUGCUCUCUCAAAAAUGUAUUCAAGGCUCCAUAGAACAUCUAUAGAACAUUUUCUUUGAACUCUUUAUAUUGUGCAAAGGCAGCUUCUGAACUAAUUGGACUCGCGACGUUAAACGUUUUGUCUAUCAAGGAGUGUAUAAUUUCCGCAAAGGCAUGUCGAAUGUAGCGGCAAGACCCACAAAUAAACCUAGAAAAAUAGAUUCGUUAUGCACUUUUGGCCUGCCCUUUAAAAAGGCGAUUAGCGUAAAUCUGCUGUCUUUUACUGACACUUUCUUGGCGCCAAUUUGCUUUCUGUUGGGGCGGAAUCGGAUAUUACGCGCAACUCUUGCAGGGGUCAAAUUGUGUGGACUUGGCGUCAUGAAAGGAGUAACUGUUCGAGACGUCAAAACAUGCUACUUUGAGUUCGUAAACAGUCCAUAGAUUGCUGUUUAAAUUAUUUUUCUAAGGGUUAUUCAUUUGUUGUCACGCGUAGGCGUAGCGCUUAUUCCCCCGUCGCGGGCCGCGAAUGGGCAGGUUUCGCUUAACUAUACAACCAGGAAUCUCGAAGAAGUGUUUCUAUUCCCGCAAUAUCGCAUAUCUUGUACGCAUACAUGCUGCACCUUCGCGAAGCUAACUUUGGCCAUCCCCGCUGAGCUCAGUCAAGCUGCAACAGACAAGGAUCCAGUAGGAAGUAGUAAUCAUGACCCGUGCGUCAAACCCGAAGUCUCCGGUUGGCUCUUAGCUGUGGGUUGAAGUUCAUGAUGAUGAUGACCUUAAAGUCGUCAAAUGUCGGAGUACGCGUGGUGUGUCUGUUUCUCGAUUUCAUCACGCGUUUGUUGUGGUCGCCCUAACAGCGCCUGUGAUCUUUCGCGCGCUUUCGAGUUUCAAUGUUCCUCGCGUUCCCACUUAUCUUGCCGCACUUAGUGCUAACGUCGCUUUUUUCUUACGGAUUGCCUUUUCACGCUUCUCUGCGUCAUUUUUAUGUCGUUUCGUCAUCUUUCGGGUGCGCAAUAUUUUCCUUCCUACAGGAAGCGUCGGAAACGUCGGAGGUAUCCGAUUUCGAGAAAAUAUCAAUUAAAGAAAAUUGUCUACGUGUUGGUGGGUCCCAGUUGGUUGAUAAUCUGCAGAGUGCACACAAUAUAUAAGAACGGAUUCGAUGGCAACUUCCAUGUAGCUUUGAAGUUGCUCUUGGCGCAAAUGUACCGCAGGCGAAUUAGUUGAUCGAAGUUUUAGCUAUAUAUUCGUAGCUACAGGAUUGACGAAAUAUGGGUGCAGCCCCGUGGGCUUUGACGUAAAUGCAGACGCGAAAAGAAUACUCACGCUAAACAACGUCUUGUUAGUGCACCAGGCGGCACCCGAGAAUGAGCAGUACUACUAUACAAGUAUUUAUACGCGUUUGCAGUGGCUGAAGUGACAAUUUCAGCCAGCCGAACGCCACCCUGUGUUCGUGCAUGUCUCUAACUCGACGAAAGUAAGAUUACAGCCAGAGUGCUUCGAGGAAGCGUUUUUACUGCCCACAUUAAAGUUCCAUCAAAAGCGCGUGCUCACGGACGCAGCUGGAAAAGAGCCACCACGUUCAUUCUGGCCCCAAACUGUGUGCCCCGUCUUCUCUCUUUGUCUCGAGCAAAUAAGUUCCCGACCAUAGGCGCAUUGAGCUCCAACGCUGACACAAGCCAGCCUUGGGAGCUUGUUUUGUUAAAGUAAACUUUCGCGAACGAUAGCGGCUUCAUGAACCAAGAGUGAUAGUGAGGAGGAGCUUAAGAAUUCAUGUACAAUCGCGACGACUUCACAUUCGUAUUCUAACCUGAGUGCAUCUUGAUCACGAAGGCUUCUUUCUUAGUUUUGUUUCAGUCAGGAUGGUUCGCUGCGUAGGGACAUUUGGAAAGGCAAAUAAAACCGCAACAUGUUUCAUCACUUCCUUACGGCAGCAGCACGGAAACAAAGUGAAUGCUGGAGACCUAAACUCCUUCUUCUACGCUAUUAUUUUAUUGGUUGCCCAGAUGGGGACUAGGUUAGCACGUUUCAGGGGCAACGUCAACGCUAUGCUGGGAAAAACAUACCAAAUGCCAAGGACUGGUAACGUGCUUCGUGCGCAUUGACACAGUGCGCUAAAACAAAAAAAAAAGAGGCAAAUGAAAGCACGUCCAUCAAUUGAAGAAUGUUUAGCACCUGAACUUCUUUUAUUUCUUUUUUCAACGCCUAGGAAACAUCUUAAGACGAGAAAGCCUUGCAAGCCUGCAACCUCCAAAAAUGCAUUAAACUAAAACUGGACAAAAAAAAUUGUAUGAUUUAGCAGUGGGCAUGUACAGAAAAGCGAAAUGCUUGCCUUUAGUGGAAAUGCGCGUAAAGCAGACAACAACUUUGAGAAGGGAAUAAAUACAGUUGAGAUCAGCCAUACGGGCUUUGUCCUCCCAAAUAACUUUCUUCUAUAUACUGUUUAUUGUUUCGUAAAAAGUCAGAAUGAUAUUAUCUUUAGUGGCAGAUCCAAUCGAACCAGAAAGUGGCUACAGAGAAAACCGACAAGUUGGAUAAUGGACAAAAAAUGCGCUAACUGAUUGCUGCAGUACUUGCGUUACAGAGGGCCGCGUGGGAUAUACUGAUGUCCCUUCUGCUGAUUUAUUUUGCCUCGCUUAGAAGUUCCGGCUUCUUUCCUUUGCUGCUUACUUUCGUUCUUUCAUAUAUCCUUUUUUGGUGGGGGGGGGGGGGGGGGGUGAAAUGAAAUACCCUUCACUCAGCGAUACCAAUACUUGAACAGGUAUUGUGAUAUUAAAUGCAACUCCUCGUGCUGGAAUACAAAUCCGUGUCGAACCGGAAAUGAACGGAGAUGUCUGAACCAGGGCAGCAACCAAAUAGAGUGUUGUACGCUGACUUUCAGAUCUGCGAUGGAAUCCUGUGAAGAUCUUUCGGUGCAGAAGAAAAACACAAAAGAAGACAAUAAAGGCAAGAGUAAAGGUGCGGAGUAGCGAAUAGGCAUUCUCAACGCGCACGACUAUUGGACAGGAACUUUGGUUUAGGCGGCAUUCAAAUCAGCGGUGGCACACUGAAAGGCGACAAAAACAAAAGAGAGAGAGAGAUGUGACAGCGGACAAUGUACAGACCAGCUUCAAGUAAAGAAAAAACUGAAAAUUGCGCAAGGUGAAAAUAAAACUGGUCUUGAGGGUCGAAAAGGAUGCUUGAAUUGAAAAGCAGGGCGCUUGGAAACGACACCAAGGAAUUCACAUGUUCGAAACGAGAAGUCUCUUUGUGGAAGCGCCGUGGCAACAUUUGAAAUCGUUCUCGUCGCUGGCCUGUUCUUUUUCCGUAGUCUUCUUUCGUUCAAACCACGCAAGCCUGCAACUCAUUUCGGCCACCCAGGCACCCACUUAGCAUUCGGCAUCGCGUUUGCUCCGCGGCAUUCAGCUAUAUAUAUUUAUAAAGUUAGCCCUGUCCUUAGAUAUCUGUGCGUCACAUUUCACGCGGAAAGAGCAUAUAUUCUCCGAGCAUAUUCCAAAUCGCUUAGCCCGAAACCCCUGGUUGGCUUUGUUGUAAGGAUUCGAAAACGAAGGAAGCAGGUGAAAAAAAAAUAUCAAGGAAAUGAGGGGUAUUUAUGUCUGAAUAUUUCCUAUUGCAUCUCGCCUUUCAUCGAUUAGCGGUUGCUUGGCGAACGCAAAGCGUGUCGUAUAGAAUCAGUAGGCUAUGAUACAGUGUUAGUGGUUGGUAAGAUGGCUGCAUUUUGAUAACGCUUAACACGCCAUUCAACAGGCGCAUUCAUUUUGCUGUCUUGUCGGAGGCAAGUAACAACGCGCUGAGAAAAUUAGCGCUAUUCAAAUUCAGUGAGGAAUGUUGCACACCUUAAGAUUUAUUGUGUCUAUAAAUUGCGGAAUGUGAUGCAGACUUUGCUGGAGAUGUUUGGUAUAGCUCAGGAUGACUUGCCACUACGAUCGCCUCAGAGGAAAAGUAUGUGCGCUCAGUAAAAAGAAGAAAAAAAAGAAAAAAAGAAAGCCCGCAUCACACCUUCAACUUCGCAGAAGAAAGUUGUUGAUAUCCAAAAUGGCGAAAACCAUUUAUUUGGCACGUGAGAUAACGUCCUCUCAAGUUUUGUGUUAGUUAAAGAACAGUUCAGAAUAUUUUAUUGACGAUAAUAAUAAGCAUGUUUCACGUAGUACAGAAUGAUUGCCAGCCUAUAGCAAAGGACGGCAAGGGGCUAUAUUGUGUAGUCACAGGUCUCAGUGGUGCUUUUAUACGCUUUUUAUAAAUUUCAUAGCGUUAAGGUGGUCCCCCGAAAGGUGGCAAUAUUAUAACUUACAGUGUUGCUAUAUCCAACUGCUCAGUAGAACGCACUUGUAAUUUUCAAGCCACGUAUGUUAAUCUUUCAAAUAGCCUACUCUACAAAUAAAAGCUCAAAUUAGCGUCUGCCACUACGUAUUUAAAUAGAGAACGCUUAACCAGCAUGAGAAAGCAAAUCUUGAUAAUCUAUGACUCUGUAUAUAAAUUCAAUUCUCUUAGUUAUUGGAGGAGAAAAACCUGUGCUGACACUUCCUGCAGAUGUCAGCCGCCGUGAAUGAUUUUUACUAUUAGACAAUGAAUGGCUGCACAUUCUUGAAAUACGGUCGUCUAUGCCACGGUGCAUGCUAUUACGCAAGCAGUCGCGUUAAGACAUCGCAAGUGAUGCAGGUAUGGGCACUACAUCUCAGCACACCUCACGCACUGAGUGUUUGAAGACCUUGUACUGCAUUGUGAUCAAGUUUCUGUUUCGUAAACAACCAGUGGGCAUCAAAGAAUUUGUAAAGUUAUAGAAUUUACUGAAUAAGACUGACCAUUUAGGAAUCCACAGUGUUUCUCAUAACGCGCAUUCGUAGUGAACGAGCGCAUCCGGCAGUGGUUCGGACGUUAAACGUGUUUUUGUUUUUCUACACAUGCUCACAGGUACUGAGAGCCUAAAGAUUACGCAACAUCUGUUGCAGUAAAAAAAUUGACACUGCAGUGUUCCACCUUUCCCUUCGACAAAUUUAGUUUGAACGCUUGGUCGACGCGUAGCUUUACAAAUUUGCGCUAAAUGGACCUCCAGUGAAAGCAGCUAAGCCCCAGCUAGUCAAGCUAAACCUUACAAUUUGGCAUUCUGACAGCCCGACUCCUCUAAUGGAAGUUGCUGAAUAAAGACGAAAAAGCGCAAAACGCAGAGAACAACAAUGGAUUCAAAUUGUUAAACUGUAUACGUAGAUAAAGGCUGCUUCAGAAGUGCCGAAUAUGUUAGUCUUAUAGCGAACUUUGUGAUCGUCCGAUCGACACCGAGCAAAAGUUAGAAACCAGUGGUAAUGCGGCCUCUAAACUACCGCACUAGGCAUCCAUGACACUCCAUAACACAUCCAUGACCGCAUUAGCGUCCGCUCGGCGCUAGACAAGCGUUCCUAAAUUAUGUACGAAAUUCUCAAACGCUUAUAACCCUUCGCACCCAAUCAGCCUAAAUGGCGAUAGUACAACGAAGUGGAUGACGUCACAUUCAAGUCACCGGCGCGCUGGCCUGAGUGUUAAACUUUGAGAAUUAGAGUUCCGUCAACAUUUUCUUCACUAAUAAUUAACCAUCUCCGAACGGAAAGCAUGAAACUCGACCUCUGAACGAAUAACAGUUGAAACUGACUUUGAAUUUCUAUUUAGUGGCCCUUUAAUGAACGGGUAAGCUUGAACAGGUCUCGAUAAACAUGCAAAAGUCAGCGUAUGCCUCUCAACAAACCAGAAAUACUAGUGUGGUGGUACUACCUCUUCCGACUGUUCCAUUCCGGGUAAAGCGUUCUCCUCUCAUCCCCUCCUACGUGACUUACCCUCACGAGGCCUUGUACCCGAUGGCGAAUCACUGUUCCAUUUGUCAGUGCUAUGUUUCCUGUCAACGGGGGCUAGUCACUGUGCAAACACCAGUAACAAAAAAAAAAAAAACGGGACUCUCUAUACAUCUCGUGCCCACUCCUAUACAGCUCUGAAUUUAGACACAACUCUGAAUUUGACUCUCGGGGGCCUUCGUUCGCGUGUUGUCGUUGUCGCUACAAUGUGUUCUCGCCUUGCGUGCUUCGACAUCGUGUUUGUUUUCUUGUUGUUUUUCUCUGCGCGCGGCGCAGGCAACUGUGCAGCUGCGUCACGCGUCAACCAGAUCGUAUAAAUGUGAACCUUCGUCGUUUCGGGCAGGGACAACAAGCGACGUGCAUGCGUAUGCAAAUACAAGACAAUAAUCUUGAUACACAAACAAACGCCCUACACACGCUCUCUGUCUCAGUCGUCUGUUCCUCGUCAUUUCUUCUUCUUCUUCUCAACGUGCCCGUCCGCCAAGAAAACACCGCUUCAGCCAGAGUGGAAUACACACACGGUUUCCACUCCCUCUCGUAGACUGUACAGCCUCAGUGACAUCCGCCGUACUGGCGGCGAACCACCACGACUAGGUGCUGCGAAUUCUAUUGCUGGUCCCUCUAGCAUUGCGGGGCGUCAGACCCCGGCAAACGUGGACUCGAUCCAUAAAGCCUCUGUUAUUGGCUCAUUUGCGUUGCCACCAUCUUUCUUUAUGCGAUAACAUUGAAAAUGCGGGUUGUUUGGAACACGGGCCGAUUAAGAGAACUCAUUGGUUGAUCGUGAAAUGACAGGACGACCUACUGGUACGCAACUCGACUCGCUCAGGGUUAGUGUGAGGUAGCUCACAGUAGCUCCGGUGUGCCAUUUGCUUAUUUACUUUCUCACUCGCAAUGACCUUGCUCCGCGUGAGAAGCCUGCCAAGCGUGUACGAAACCCACAAAACGAAACUGCGUUGUUAAUGAGCAGAAAGCCCUCCCCCCCCCCCAUCCCCCCCCCCCCGCGAGCAUACCUAUUAACGCUGUAGCAAGCAGCCAGCCAUAGAUGAAUGCAUGACGGUAACUAUUGAAGUUCGCAAAUCUCGGCGCGUAGCUUUGUUGCGAAAUUCUCACGCGAUACGGCCUCAAAGAGAGCUGACGUUUUUUUUUUCCGAGCACCAAACGUUAAGCCAACAUUCUGGCGCUAAGGUCGGCAGACACACUACGCCUCGACGUUAGCUAAGACGGCGUGGUCGGGCCCCUUCAAUAUCGUGUACACGUGCCGGACGUGGAGCGCAGAACGAUACGUGAACCCGCCAAAUGAACCUCGAUCAAUGUUGCAAGGCACGCCUGCUCGACGAAAUUAGUUGCGGCCGCGGGAAUCACAGCUCUCUAUCCGAGAACAGAGCAGAAAGAUAUGUGGAUGGCCGAGGUAUCUUGUCUGAGGGGGGGGGGGGGGGAAGGAGGGGACACAGCUGUGGUUUGUUCAACGAGCCACGGUUUCUAGGAAUCCGAGCGACGAACGAAAUCUGGCGUCAGAAGGCAAUCACUGAGGCGAGGCUUCGCGCAUUAUUUGUGGCCGUUACUGCCGACUAGACCUGUUGGUGAUGCUCGGGAACACAACGAGAGUAGGCCGAAAUGGCCCGGGGCAACAAACCCGGGGCAAGUUGCAACAGAGUAACGCGUCAGCGGCCGUAAGCAGACCACUGAUAGUUCUCGCCCGAGUCACGAACACGGAAUGCUUAGUUUGCGACGAAUAACAAAGUCCGGAACAAUACAGACAAUGAUUACCCUUGCUACACUUGCAAUACCCAUCAGAGAAACCUCUUGCAAUCUCUUCUUGCUUGGAAAUAAACAUUAAUAAUUUAGGUAGGCUGCUAAUUUGGAAAGGAUCGUCUUUCUUUUACUAUUACUUUUCUAUUUAUUAAAAGUAGCUGUUUCAACUACAUUUUUUUGGUCAUGUGACUUCGAUUGCACGGAGUCACAGACUCAUUUGCAAAUAUUAGACAUACCAUGUUUUUAAGAGAUAUGCUCAUGAGCCACUCAGUACAUGACUUGCUUAUUCCUACUGAUGAUAAGAAAUAGCUUUCAUGGCUGUGAAAUCUCCUUUCUUUCAAAGUUGUGUUUCUACAUUAGGAGGAACUCCAAUGUUCACGCGCAUAUCGUCAGACUAAUACACGUAAAAUAUUUUAAACAACAUUUCCAUUACUAUGAGAGAAGGAAUCAUGACAAAAAAGGUCGCACAUGAAACUUACUGAUGGGCUCAGAAUAGAGAUUCCAAGCACCGCGUCGUGGUUUCGCCUUUCUCCUCAAUUUUGUGAUUGGACACUGUGUGGAACAUCGUAAAUGAAAAGAAAAGGAAUGAAAAAUACUCUGUGUACAAAAAACUGACACCAAUAAAAGCUGUUGUGAUUUA